AUGAAUUCCUCGUAUUAUAAGUACUGUAUAGUGCCUCAAUGUGAAAGUACAACGAUAAAAACGCCGGACAAAUUAUUCAUAUACGUUCCAAACAAUAAAGAAAUACGAAGAAAGUGGUUAAAAAUGGCAAGGAGGCAAGAUGCUCUUACUUUAUCAACUAAUUCCUCAAUUUAUUUCUGUGAAGAUCAUUUCGAUUUGCCAAAUGAUAUGACUAAUUAUGCAGAGUAUCAUAUUAUGGGUAAAGUCUCUCAAGUGCGCAUGAAACCAGGUUGUAUACCAACGAAGUUCGAAUGCCAAGAAGAUAGAAGGAAACGGAUGUGCAGCUAUAAGGAACGACCAUAUGUGUUGAAAAAACAAAGGAUGUCAAUAAUCGCAGAGUGUUUAAAAGAACCAGAACCAAGUAGGACACCCAGUUCAUCUGUCCAGGAUACUUCUAACACAAGUUCAGUUGCAGAGAAUGUACCUGAAACUUUAUGUGAACUAACAGCAAAUAAAUCUGUUCAAGCAUUAAUAACACACAAGUUCAGAAGUAAAGCUGUCCAGACUACAAAUAAAUCAACAGAAAAGGCACUAUCGCCAUUGAAACCACCAACAAUAUCUACUUCCACGUCUCCGUUUAAAUGGGAAACCAUUAUAAAUCCAAGCCCUUCUAUGUCUGGUCCCAGCAAAACUACAAGAAAUAUGUCUAAUGAAGUAGAACAGUCAGAUAGUGACAUUUCUUUAUAUGUACUAUCUACAUCUACCACCAGUUGUUAUAUGUACUAUCUACAUCUACCACCAGAAGCAAAAGAGACCAUAUUGAAUAUGAUUAAAAAAAUUGAAAAAAAGCCUCGACUGUAUAUUGGUAUUCCAAGCAAGUGUUACUAUUUGAUUGAUAUAAUAAAAGAUGAAGUCAAUAUUCCCAAACAUCAUUUAUUGUUUUGUUUAAAUAAAAUAAGAUUGGAUAUUUCAUUUAAUCAACUGUCAGAUGAUUAUGCAAUGACACCAUCUUAUUUAAGUAAGAUAUUUUCAAAAAAUAUUCCCUUAAUAGCUAGUGUUAUGAGGCCUUUUAUUGUAUCCCUAGAUAAAGAAAUGAUUAAAAAAACUUUACCCAUGGCAUUCAGGCACAAAUAUAAUAAUAUUAGUUGCAUUAUAGACUGCCUUGAAAUAGAGAUAGAAAAACCAUCUAAAGCAAUAAAUCAAGCAUUAACCUGGUCAGAUUACAAAAAAGCCAACACUAUAAAAUAUUUAAUAUCCUGUACACCAAAUGGACUAGUUAACUAUAUUUCUCUGGGAUUUGGGGGCAGGACAACCGACACUUGUUUAGUUGAAUCCUGUGACUUUGUCCAAACAUUACAAAGUGGUAUGUUUGUUUUGGCAGACAGGGGUUUCAAACAUUUAGAACAAUAUCUUAAAAAAGCUGGUAUUACACUAGUAAGACCCCCUAGUGUCAAAACAGGUGUAAAGAUGAAUAAAACUGAAGCAAAACUAACUAAACAAAUAGCUAGCCUAAGGAUACAUAUAGAGCGAGUUAUUCGGCGUUUACGUGAAUUUCAUAUGCUUAAACCACAUGCAUGUAUUAAUUUUAACUUUGUAAAAAUACUUGAUGACAUAAUAAUUACAGCAUGUGCCUUAAUUAAUAUACAAGAUUCAUUAAUAAAAUAA